CAAUAUCAUCCAACUCUUCCGUGGCCCCCAAGGAUAAUAUAUCCACCCAAAGCCUUCAGAAACGAGUUUGUCCGUCAAUGCCUUCUAUUUCGCCUGUCAAGAAAGGUAAAAUGAAGACGGGGCCUGAUGAAUUGUCCCAGCAAAUGCUGGUAGCGCUCGAAGAAGAGGUUACAUGUCCCAUUUGUUGUGAUAUACUCGUUGCAGUGCACAUAGGCAACCCAUGCGGUCAUAGUUAUUGUGCUGAAUGUGGAUACGAAUGGAUAUCUAAAAAUAAACGUUCUCCGACAUGUGCUGUAUGCCGUGCAAAGUUAUCGAUGCACAAGCCUCUAUUUUCCAAUGUCAUGGGAGACUCAAUAGUUCGCAGGUAUAUAGAACUCUUAGCCAACAAUGGCGAUAUCUCUUGGCAGCAUGGUGGUUCCAAAAUCACUGAGUGGGAUUUGAGAAAAGUAAAAUGGAAGAAAAAAGAGAUGACGAUCAAGAACACUCAAGCAUCAGAGGCCACUCGUAGAAGGCGGCUCUCUCACCCUCCUCACCCUGCCCCACCACCGCCACCUCCACACUUAGAUAUGCGAAUGUACGACGACUAUAUGCAACAGCUUCAAUCAUUGAUAUUGCCUGACGACUUGGAUGAGGAUCCCACGUAUGAAGAAGAUGAGGAUGUGUAUGAUCCAGAAGUGAGGACUGCGAACUCUGCAUACCGGCGUCGGUCAACGCGAAGGUCUCGAAUGGAAACCAUUGUGCGCUCUAGACAUUUUGUUUCAUGAAUGUGACUUGUGCCGAUGUGAGCACACUUGUGAUUGAAGUCCCAGGGUAGAAGAAAAAAGUAGAAUGUUUUGUGGUCGAGCUUCAUCUGCAAAAUGACUUGACAGCGGUUAA